AACUGGGACUACGCCCUCUCCUUUUCUACUGCCGAUAUCAACAACUCUCUUCUAGUUCCUACGACUCUUCCCUUGUCUUCUUCUACUACCUCCUUGGACGCCUUGACAGGUAGUCUUGUUGCACCUGACUCUUCCUUCCACAAUACCACGAAUUGGAACGAUUUCUCAUUACCCUCAUCUGACUCACAAAACUUCCUUGGCAAUGGCCAGAUUUCUGGUGGCCCCUCGCUGUUUACUACCGCUGGAGACGACAUGAAUAUUCUAGCCAUUCCAUCUGGCAUGGGAAACUUGCAUAAUACAAGCUUUUCUACACCCAUGACAAAAGACUGCUCUCAGCCCGGUUCCAUUUCAAGCUCUAACGACCGGACCUCGUCUUCACCCGAGCAAUCUUCUACAUACUCCAAAUUGUCAACCACCAAAAACAGCCCCUUGGCACCUGAGGUGUCCCGUGUUGAGAAGCGAAAAGCCAACACUCUUGCGGCUCGCCGAUAUCGACAGAAACGCGUUGAUCAAAUGAGCGGCCUGGAGACUGAACUCAAGGAAGUCAAGACCGAGCGCGAUGAUCUCAAGGUCCGCUGCGCCCGGCUCGAAGGCGAGGUCGAGACGCUUCGUGCCCUGCUCCACGCGCAGAAGUAG